GAAAGUGCCGCGGCUCCGCGCAGCACGUUGAGUGUUGACAUUGUGAGCGGCGUGCAGGGCUGAGGGAGGACCAGCAGGGGCUGUGCCUGAGUGGACCGGGCUGGCGGUGUUGUUAACAUUGCACGAGGCUGCACUCACGUAACAAAUGUUGCACUCCAAACUAUUCAUAUGGUAACGCGUUGUGGACCACGGUUUCCAAGACCCUGAAUAACUGAAAAAAAGAAGAAAAAAAAUCAGUGAAUCUGCAAAAAAAUAAUAACCAAUGUGAUGGAUGGAAGUACUGAUUCCUUCAUCUUGUGGGACACUCAUCCAUCAAUCUGAAGUUGCAUCAUGGCAUCUUAGCAAGAAGUCACAGUUACUGUUACAAAUAUUCAAGUGGACUUUUUACAACAUUGUGUUCAUAGAUCAUCCUGAAGAUGGAUUUGAAGUCAUUACUUCAAGAUCAUCUGCAAAAAAAAGAGAAACAAAAAAAGGAUAAAAUUACUACAGGGGAGGCAAAAAAUGAUGAUCCUGAUGAAAUGUUUGAAAAAUAUUACUGUGAGUGGAAGGCCGCUGGCAAGAACUCCGCAAGUAGUAAUAGUGCUCAGACCUUCUCUUUGAUUCCCAAGUUUUACCACAAACUGCCUUCAGAGGAUAACCAGCUACUGCAGAAACUACGUGAAGAGUCUCGUGCAGUGUUUCUGCAGAGGCGAAGCAGAGAACUUUUGGAUAAUGAUGAACUAAAAAACCUUUGGAUGUUAUUAGACAAACAUCAGUCUGUCACAGAUGUUGGUGGAGAGGAACAGUUGAUUAAUUAUGAGGAUUUUUUGAAAGUGGCAGAGCAGGCAGGGCCUAAAUGUAAGCAAUAUUUUCAGCCUUCGACUUUUUGUAAGUUGCUCCAAAAUGAUUCAUAUGGCCGAAUAUCCAUCAUGAAUUUUUUUAACUAUGUUAUGAGAAAAGUGUGGCUCCAUCAGACAAGGAUUGGGUUAUCUCUUUAUGAUGUUACUGGUCAAGGGUACCUGAGGGAGUCUGACUUGGAAAAUUACAUCCUAGAGCUAAUUCCAACAUUACCUCAGUUGGAUGGCCUAGAAAAAUCUUUUCAUUCUUUCUAUGUGUGCACUGCUGUCAGGAAAUUUUUCUUCUUCCUAGAUCCACUACAUACUGGACAGAUAAAAAUUCAGGACAUACUAGCAUGCAGUUUUUUGGAUGAUUUGUUAGAACUACGUGAUGAAGAACUGCCCAAAGAUCAGCAGCAAAAUAACUGGUUUUCAGCACCAUCAGCCCUCAGAGUAUAUGGUGUUUACUUGAACUUAGAUAAAGACCACAAUGGAAUGCUUUCUAAGCAGGAGCUUUCACGUUAUGGUAUGGGAACUCUGACUCCUGUGUUUAUUGAUAGAGUGUUUCAGGAAUGUUUAACAUAUGAUGGGGAGAUGGACUACAAAACAUAUCUUGAUUUUGUCUUGGCACUUGAAAAUCAAAAGGAUCCACAGUCACUUCAUUAUUUUUUCAAAAUACUUGACAUUGAUAGCCAGGGUUACUUGAAUGUUUUUACUUUGAAUUACUUUUUUCGUUCAAUUCAAGAACAGAUGCGUCAACACAACCAGGAGCCUGUCAAUUUUGAAGAUGUCAAAGAUGAAAUAUUUGAUAUGGUGAAACCAGCCGAUCCUUGUAAGAUAACACUGCAAGACCUCAUUAACUGUGGACAGGGAGAUGUUGUCACCAGUAUCCUCAUUGACCUUAAUGGGUUUUGGACAUAUGAGAACAGGGAAGUUCUUGUGGCAGACAGUAGUGAAGAUCAAGCACAGCUCUGAACUGAAAUAUGUAAACUACUUCAUACCAUGAGGCCUUAGAACAGACAGUAGUUGUGGCCCAGUUUAGUGUUGUAAUAAAGCCUCUGUGGUGUAGUAGUUGACAUACCUUGCACCAAAUCCAUGGGCUCAGGUUCAGUCCUGGCCUGAGAAGUUGGCACUCAGCCCACCUAGCUGCUCAUCCUUCUAUUUGGCCUGGUUCAUAACUGGAUGCCUGGGGAAGCCUGGUGAAGGUAAAUUGUGGUAACCCAGAUGUCAUAAUGAACCUAUGUCCAAGGUUAAUCAGUUCUUAAGUGCCAUAGCCUCAAGCGCUAAUGUUAAUGAGGUACGCACUGUGGCCACAUACAGCUGACUGUGCCCCCAACUUUACCUUUCACCUUUAAUGAUGAGGUGAAACUGUAGUUUACUGCUACAUUCCAUGGAGUGAAUCAUUCGUACAAUAAGUGUUUUUGUGGUACCUUUAUCAAUAAAUGUUAAGUAUG